UCAUGACGGAAUCAACAAAAAGAGAUAUUUUACAAAUAAAUUCUCGGACUGUCCAGGAAGUAAGAAAAGAAUACAAUUUGAACAAGCCGGGAAUGAUGGACCAAGCUGUUGAUAUUUUGUACGAUUGGAUUCAAAAACAGGAACAUUUAGUCAAAAAGGAUUUUCGUAGAGACUAUUUGGAACGCAUCAUCAUCUCUACAAAAGGAUCCGUCGAAAAAGCGAAAAAAAGGAUAGAUAAAGUUUGCACCAUGCGGACUAUGGUGCCUAACUUGUUCGAGAAAUGUCACGCGAAGAAUGACUUCCCACAUUUACAGGAUUGGUACAUUAACCUUAACAUGCCACAAAUAACUGAUGACCACUAUAGAAUAUUCAUUGCAAAAAUCAACAACAAACCACUUUCGGCUUCGGUGUUCUUGGAGGCGUAUCAAUUCUCAGUUAUUCUGUGUGAAUAUAUGAAACUUUACGAUUACACUAUUGGUUACCACGUGAUAGUCGAUUUGAGAGAUACCAAUAUUUUGGACGUGGUCAGUAAGAUUGACUUAGUGGACCUGCGUAAUGUAAUGACGUUGUACACGGAUGGCUACGGUUUUAGAAUUAAAACUAUACAUGUAUUAUCUAAUUCAUCCAUGAUCGGAGCUUUUGUCGAUAUUUUAAAACAGAUCCUUACCGCUAAACUCGGACAAAGGAUCUCUGUUUGCAAGACAGUAGAGGCGUUGCACGAUAGCCUGCCUAAACAUUUGCUGCCAAAAGAUUACGGAGGAGAACAGAAAUCUAUUUCCAUGCUUUAUGAUCAAUGGUUAGAAGAACUGUCGUUAGACAAGCAUGUGGCAUACAUGGAAGAAAUGAGAGGAGCAUGCACCAAUGCAACAUUAAGACGUCCAGACAAAUUUAACGAUGACUAUCUUGGGAUGCCCGGCUCUUUCAAGAUGCUGCACGUUGAUUAGACUGUGUCCCAUUCCUUUGAAGUUAUCAAAAAAAAUGAA